AUGAUGGGGAAGGUUCCCUCGUUCUCCCCCGGCUCCACAGUGAGCUCCGCUCUGCCCAGCUACAUCGCUCUCUGCCUCACUCUACAGGUUCACAGGCUGGCGUCAGAACAGUUCACAGUGAGGGGACCAGGCCAUCCAAUCACUGCCUCCCUAGGUGGGGUGGCCGUCCUGCCCUGCCACCUCUCCCCCAGGAUGAGCGCUGAGAACAUGGAGCUGAGGUGGUUUCGAUUCAAGUUCUCUGCAGUUGUGCACCGGUAUAAGGAUGGGCAGGAUCAGUAUGGACAGCAGAUACCGGGAUAUCAGGGAAGGACAGAGCUGCUGAAAGACAAUAUCACCAGUGGGAGUGUUUCCCUGAGAAUACGCGAUGUCCAGCUUUCUGACCAUGGACAGUACACGUGUUUCUUUCAGUCCAGUGACUCGUAUGAAGAAGCCUUACUGGAACUGCAGGUGGCAGUUUCAGGCUCUGACCCCCACAUCUCUGUUGAUGGUUACCAUGAUGGAACAAUCUGGGUUGUGUGUCGAUCAGCAGGCUGGCACCCAGAACCCAAGGCUCAGUGGAGAGAUCACCUUGGGCAGCUGCUACCAUCUGCCUCUGAAAAAAUAUCCAAGGAGGCCAAUGGCCUAUUUCACAGCCAGAUUUCUAUUGUUAUAACAGAACAUUCCAACCAGAACUUGUCCUGUUCUGUCAAGAACCUGCCUCUUAACCAAGAGAAAUUAUCAACAGUUUCCAUAGCAGAGCUGUUUUCCCCAAGGGUCAAUCCCUGGAUGGUGGCUCUGUGGGUGAUCCUGGCUCUCCUGGCUGUUCUCAUUGCCCUGUCCAGUUACUGUGUCUGGAGGCAACACAAAGCGAAAGGUUUGGAGAAAGCCCGACAAUAUGCAGUGGACGUGACUCUGGAUCCAGACACGGCAAAUCCCUACCUCGUCCUGUCUGAGGAUCGGAAACGUGUGAGACUCGGAGACACACGCCAGGAUCUGCCCGACAACCCUGAGAGAUUUGAUCGUUGUUACCGUGUCCUGGGCGCUGAGGGGUUCGCGGGCGGGAGGUGUUACUGGGAGGUGGAGGUGGGAGACAAGACAGGCUGGGCUCUGGGGGUUUGUAGGGAAUCUGUGAGCAGGAAGGGGAAGGUCACAGUCUCACCUGAGGAUGGAUACUGGGCCCUGUGGCUGUGGGAUGGGGGAUACAAGGCCUGCACCUCCCCCCUGACCUCCCUCCCCGUGAGCGUCAGGCCCAGCCGGGUGGGGAUUUUCCUGGACUAUGAGGCGGGCGAGGUCUCGUUUUACAAUGUGACUGACAGGUCCCAUCUCUUCACUUUCACUGACACCUUCUCCGGGACGCUCCGCCCUUAUUUCAAUCCCUCUCGCAACGCUGGGGGUACAAACGCGGCUCCCCUGAUAAUCUGCCCGGUCCCAGUUGAGGCCGGAGGGAAUCUCUGUCCCUGACAGUGACCCCGCGGCACAGACUGUCCCCUCCCAGCGCUGCUGCUCUUCCCGUCCCCAGUGGUGGGGGCCAGUUACUGCAGCAACUGGACUUUUUGUGCUGACUGGACGC